GUUGUGCUGACUACAUUGUGACAGCAGUGUCUAAAGGGAGGUCAUCUUUAUUUCUACAUUUUCUCUCAUGGAACACGAGUUUCUUCUGUAUCUGCACUGUUUCUUGCACAUCCUAAGACUGCUACUCCAUGGACAAGAUGUCAUCAGGAAGCUGGAAUGCUGGGAAGAAAAAUGCAUAUACAACAGUCAAAGUAGAUCCUGAUGUGGACUAUUGUACCCCAGGGGCGUUUGAACUGGAGAGGCUCUUGUGGAAGGGAUGCCCUCAGUACACUCAUGUCAAUGAAGUCUGGCCCAACCUCUACAUAGGAGACGAAAAAACUGCACUGGAUCGCUACAGCCUGGAGAAGGAGGGAUUCACCCACAUCCUCAAUGCGGCCCACGGGCAGCGCAAUGUGGACACAGGAGCAGAAUAUUACAGCAGCAUGAGUGUGGAGUACCAUGGGGUGGAAGCAGAUGAUCUCCCCACUUUCGACCUCAGCCAGUUCUUUUACUCAGCUUCCAAAUUCAUUGAUAAUGCACUUCAGGAUGAAAGAAGCAAGGUGCUGGUUCACUGCGCCAUGGGCCGCAGCCGCUCAGCCACGCUGGUCUUGGCUUACCUGAUGAUUUACAAGAACAUGACUGUGGUGGAUGCCAUUGAGCAAGUGUCAAGGCACCGCUGCAUCAUGCCAAACCGGGGCUUCUUGAAGCAGCUGAGAGAACUGGACAUAGAACUGGCACUGCAGAGGAGGAACAGCAAGAACAGCCUAGCACCUGCUGAGCAGCAGAACAGCACCACCAUCUAGCAUGUCCUGGCACGGCUGUGCUGCUGGAAAAGAAACUCCAUAAAAGGAGGGGAGGAGAAGGUGUAGUUAAUUACACAGU